AUACUACAAAAUUUUCGCCGUCACUGCAAAACCUAAAACACCAAGAAAACCCUACAGAAACUCCAGUCGAAAAUGGUGUCAGGUUCCGGAGCAUGUGCAAAGAGAGUCGUCAUUGACGCUCGCCACCACAUGCUAGGUCGUUUAGCGUCGAUUGUCGCAAAAGAGCUCCUAAACGGACAGAAAGUUGUGGUUGUAAGAUGUGAAGAGAUUUGUAUGUCAGGUGGACUCGUUAGGCAGAAAAUGAAGUACAUGAGGUUUCUUAGGAAGAGGAUGAAUACCAAACCCAGUCAUGGUCCUAUUCAUUUUAGGGCUCCUUCAAAGAUUUUCUGGAGAACUCUUCGUGGAAUGAUUCCACACAAGACAAAGCGUGGGGAAGCUGCUCUUGCUAGGUUGAAAGUCUAUGAAGGUAUUCCACCUCCAUAUGACAAGAUUAAGAGGAUGGUUGUUCCUGAUGCUCUCAAGGUAUUGAGGCUUCAAAAGGGACACAAAUUCUGCCUGCUUGGACAAUUGUCAGCUGAGGUUGGAUGGAACUACUAUGAUAUCAUAAAGGAAUUGGAAAACAAGAGAAAGGAAAGAUCACAAUUGGCUUAUGAGAAAAAGAAGCAGAUCAAUAAAUUAAGGGUGAAAGCUGAGAAAAUUGUGGACGAAAAGCUCGGGUCCGAACUACAAGUACUUGCUCCUGUCAAGUACUGAAUAGGCUGCUUUGGUAGCAUCUGGAAAUUUUGUUUUUAAACCAUAUUCUGUUGAACUCUAUGUUUAGUUCUAUAUGUUGUUGGACACUAGAUAUGUUAGUCAUGGAAGUUGUUUUCUGGUUUGCUCAUUAAGAGACCUAUUAUUGAGAAAUUACCUGAGUUAAAAUUGAAGUAUAUUGUUCUCAACCAUUGUUACUUCAUCCCAAUUAAUUAUCAUUUGAUAGUAUUCUUA